CUGUGUGCUGAAAGUCCUGAGCAGAGGAUCGAAUAAGGAACACCAAUGGAGACCGAAGUGGAAAAGAGGGAACAGUGGACGAGGAAAAGGGAAUAUAUUCUGGCAGCAGCUGGCAAUGUGGUGGGCCUGGGCAAUGUGUGGAGAUUCCCCUACCUGUGCUAUAAGAAUGGAGGAGGUGUCUUCCUGCUGCCAUACUGUUUCUUUGCUCUGCUGUGUGGCGUGCCACUUUACCUGAUGGAGACGGCGAUUGGUCAGUACACACAAGAGGGCGCCAUGACCUGUUGGAGCAAGCUCUGCCCGCUGGCACAGGGUACUGGCUAUUCUUAUAUAGUGAUCCAACUUUAUUCCAGAGUCUACACCAUUAUCCUGGCCUGGGCCCUCCUCUACUUCUUCUAUUGCUUCAGAGACCCUCUGCCCUGGGCCACCUGCAACAACCCCUGGAACACAGACAGAUGUGUGGACCUCACCUCCUCAAACUCUACUCAAACACACAGAGGCAACCUGUCGGUAAAAUGGACCUCUGGAAAUCUCACCAAGUCUUCAGUCUCUGAGUUCUGGGAGAGAGGAGUGUUGUCUAUGUCUGGGGGGAUAGAGGAGUUGGGUGGAGUGCAGUGGGAAGUGCUGCUGUGUCUCCUGGCUGUCUGGGUAGUUUGCUACUUCUGCGUUUGGAAAGGGGUCCGUUCCACAGGAAAGGUGGUGUAUUUCACGGCUAUGUUCCCCUAUGUUAUGCUGGCCAUCCUACUGGUCAGGGGGUUGACGCUGCCGGGAGCCUGGCAGGGUGUGGUCUACUACCUGUAUCCAGAUCCCUCUCGCCUGGCGGACCUUCAGGUGUGGAUGGAGGCUUGCGCCCAGGUCCUGUUCUCCUAUGGUGUCGCAUCAGGAACCCAUAUCACAUUGAGCAGUUACAACAAAGUCACAAACAACUGUUACAGGGACAGUGUGUGGUUAUGUGUGCUCAAUAGCUGCACCAGCUUGGUCUCCGGAUUUGCAGUCUUCUCAGCUCUGGGAUUCAUGGCCCAAAAACAGGGGAUUCCCAUCGACAAGGUCGUCACAUCAGGCCCUGGGCUAGCGUUCAUCGCGUUUCCUCAGGCUGUGGCCAUGAUGCCGCUGCCUCAGCUGUGGGCCGCCUGCUUCUUCCUUAUGCUCAUUCUGUUGGGACUGGACACUGUGUUUGCAGGUUUGGAAACUAUAACAUCCUCCGUGAUUGACAUGUUUCCUGGACAGAUGCGCAGACCUUGGCGCAGAGAAAUCCUCCUCAUCGUCUUCUGCUGUUUCACCUUCCUCUUACAGAUCACUCUCACAACACAAGGAGGAGUAUACCAGUUCGAGCUGAUUGAUUACUUUGGUGCCAAUGGGAUAUGUGUGUUAUUUGUGUCUUUGGUCCAGUGUGUGGCUGUUGGCUGGGCCUUCGGGGCUGAGCGGAUAUGUGAUGCACUUGAAGACAUGAUGGGACAGAGGCCGGGGGUUUUUUACUCACUGUGCUGGCGUUACAUCACGCCUCUGAUCUGCACUGUUUGCCUCAUCGGCUUCUUUCUGGAUUUCCAGCCUCUGACAACAAGUGACGGCUCUGUGUACCCUAACUGGGCCUACAUUCUGGGCUUGGCCAUUGCCAUCUCUUCUGUGGUCACAAUACCCAUCUUUGCUCUCAGCAAGAUCUACUUCACAGAGGGCUCCUUCAGACAACGUCUUUUGGUCCUGUGGCGUCCCGUUAGUGAUCCUGUUGGUCCUAAAACAAAAGAAGAACAUUCCCUUAAUGAGACAGAAAUGAAGUCAUUGUCAGCCCCUUUCCCUGACAAGUUAUGAGUCAGUAUAAGGAGGGCGACAAAAUCAGAGUUUCCCUGUGGAGUUUCUGAAAUGUUUACAUUCACUUAUUCUUAGCAAAAGUUAUAGUUUGUAUCGUCAAUGCCUAUUAAAAGUGUCCAUUUACU